ACAAAAAAAAAGCAGAGAAAAAGAAAGAGAAAGAAGAUGGAGAAUGCGGCGAGCUUGGCUUCAGGUACCGACGGAAAGAAACGGCGCGUGACCUACUACUACGAGCCAUACAUCGGCGACGGCAGUCAACGGGUAUCCCAACAGAUCACUACUACUCACAACCUCAUCCGCAGCUAUAACCUCCACAACGACAUGGAUAUCAUCCGCCCUAGCCUUGCCAAAGAUUCAGAUUUCGUUCGGUUUCACUCGCCGGAGUACAUAACAUGCCUCGCUACUCUCACGCCGGAGUAUGUCGACAUGGCUAAUAAGUCAGAAAACGUAGCCGAAACUUCCUUGGAGCUCUUCGACUUAGACGAGUGGGACACCCCUUUCUUCCCUGGCCUCAUCGAUUAUUGCCGUCUCUACGCUGGUGGUUCUAUUUGCGCCGCCGCCAAGCUGAACCGACGCGAAGCUGAUAUCACCAUCAAUUGGUCCGGCGGGAUGCACCGUGCCAAGAGAGAUGAGGCUCGUGGCUUUGGCUACGUCAAUGACGUUGUUCUUGGGAUCCUCGAGUUGCUCAAAGUCUUCAAGCGAGUUCUCUACAUAGAUAUUGGGUAUUACCAUGGGGAUGCAGUACAAGAAGCGUUCUACAAAACUGAUAGAGUUAUGACUGUUUCUUUCCACGAGUCUGUGGUCCAAAGCAGAGGAGACAUAACAGACAACGGGGUAGAAAAGGGAGAAUACUAUUCUCUAAAUGCUCCACUAAAGAAUGGUUUGAACGAUGCAAGUUUCGUCAAUUUAUUGGUACCUGUUAUCCACAAGGCUAUGGAGGUUUAUCAGCCGGAAGCAAUUGUUCUUCAGUGUGGGCCUGAUUCACUAGCUGGUGACGCGUUGGGUAAAUUCAACUUGACUAUCAAGGGUCACGCUGCAUGUCUCCAGUACAUAAGAUCAUUUAACGUUCCUCUCAUGCUCUUGGGUGGUCAAGGUCACACUCUUGGAAAUGUUGCACGUUGCUGGUGCUAUGAGACAGCAGUUUCGGUUGGAAAAGAAAUUGACGACGAUCUCGAUACCAAUGUGUCCGAUGCGUGUUUUGCCCCAGGUUAUCAACUUCAUAUUGAGCCAAACCGCAUGAAGAAUUUAAACACAGACGGAUAUAUCGCAAAAAUAAAGAAGACAUUACUAAACCAACUUUCGCAAGUGAUACACGCACCUAGUGUGCAGUUUCAAGACACUCCACCAAUCAGUCAAGUUACAGAAGCAGCGGAAGAGGACAUGGAGACGAGAUAAAAUCAACGUAUAUUGACUGCUAGUGCAAGUUAUGAAUCAGGCUCUGACGAGGACAAGUUUUUUCUCGGUGUAGUGUCAUAGUACAAGGAUUCUUUCAUACUUCACCUCCUCGUGAAUAGUUUUACCAACAUUGUAAAUAAGCAUAAUCACAUCAGAUUAUAUGAAGUUCAAACAACAGAUUUUUGUCUGCUGUGCUGUCUCUAGAACACCAUCACAUCUCAGCUUUAGUUUAUUCCUUGAUCCUGGUGAAAGCACUACCUUUAUUUCUGAGCCUUUAACAUGUUAGAAUCAGUAUAUAUGAGUUAUCUGUGGGAAACUACAUAGGCUUACACGUGAUCAGUUAAAAAAGAUAUGUCCAGGAGUUCUGAAGAUAGGUUCCAGAAUCCUACUUGUGGAAAGUAUAGUCUCUCAGAAAGAUUUGAGUUUGGUUUCGUGCAACAUUAAGAACACAAUUUUGUGUCGAUCUGGUACCUUAAGGCGAGAAGAACGGCGAGUAGAAGACGUGAGUGCAGGAGAUUGGAGUGGUGAUACAUAACAAGACAUAAGUCCAUAAGCAUACAAAGAUAAGAAAUGUAAAUAAAAGUAAAGGGUACAAAACUCAGCAACACUUCACAAAAAUUCUUACAAUACCCUGCAGUGAUGAUCAAAAUGGUCCAUGCAUUUUGUCACAAACUCUGCAAUACUUGAUGUAUUUGAAGAUGGAAUGGCUCGCUGAAAAAAGAGAGGCUGGGACCAGACUGUCUCGACUACUCACGUCGACAUGGACCAGAACACAAGAGACAGCACCACUGAUUUCGUGGCA